AUGCCGAAAUCAAGUAGAACUCGUGGCCCAAAUUUUAACAAUAAAGAACAAAUAUUGCUGCUGGAAGCUGUGAAACCGUACGCUAAAAUUAUUGAAGCAAAGCAGACCGAUGCGGUUAAACAAGCAGAUAAGCAGGAUGCAUGGACGAAAGUAGCAGAAGUUUUUAAUGCUAAUACAACGGACCAACCCCGAGGAGUGGAGAACGUUAUAAGUUAUUAUAGAAAUUUGAAAUCAAAACUCAAAAAACAACACUCUGAUGCCAAAAUGUUAUUAGUUGAUCCUGCCCAAAGAAAUGUGCUUAUACAAUCAAUAGAAGACAAUGGGAAAGACUGGAAUGCUGUGGCCUCAACUUCUCAGUCAACCACAUGGAAUGAUCCAGAGCUGUGUGAGAAAGGUUUUGAGGAAUUAACUAAGGAAAUGCAAAGGAAUGAAAACAAUCAUAAAAGGCACUUGAUGGGAACAGGUGGUGGUCCUUGUCAACCGCCUAAAAGUGAUGAUCUUGAAGAACUUAAGAAACUAAUCGAACCACAGAUUGAUGGCAUGUUUACCAUAUAUGAGAGCGAUGCAGAAUUGAUGGCCCAAUUUCAACAAUCACUGCCAGAUAAGGAAAGGAAGCAGCCAAUUGAAAAAAAAAUUGUGGCUUGUUUGCAGAAUAAUCAAGAGGUCGAAAUUGUUACGGAGGAGAACAAUUUAGUGACUCCGGUCAAGGCUUUGUCACGGAAUGGAAUUAUACGAAAGAAAAAAGACCCUGCACUUUGCCCCACUGAUAAUCACAGACCCAAGUCGAAAAUGUCUUUUACUGACUCAAUACAGAAGGUCUCAGAAGCCAAGCUAGAGUUAGUUAACAUGCAGAAACUCGUCAUACAAACAGAGUUGCUGCAUAAACAAAAACUGCAGGAGCUUGAAUUGGAAGAUAAAAUAAAGGAGAACAAGUAUAAAAAGCUAAUACGGGAAAAAGAGCUCGAGUUAUUGGAAUGAAAAAUUAAAAUGCACAAAUAA